AUGAAGAAGGUGUUUCGUAAUGUGUUCAUCUUGCUUUUCACCAGCAGUUUGCUUGCCAUUUUUCUUCAGAUAUUCUAUCAGAGGCUGACAGAAAAGAUAGAUCCUGAACAAGAUUGGCUGCAAAGGCAAAAGGUUCGUAAAGAGGCCAUGAACUUUACCUGUCUGAACAAGAAUCUCUCAAGUUCAAAAUGGAGACUGAAGUCUGAGGUUGCCAGACAGCUCUUUGUGGUCGAGAAUUACAAGCUGAUCUACUGUGAAGUUCCCAAGGUGGGUUGCACCAACUGGAAGAAAAUCCUUCUGCUCCUUACACUCAACUUGAGCAGGGAUCCCUCUGACAUAAAUGGAGACACAAUCCAUUACACACAUCUUCUAAAGAGGUUGAGUUCAUACCCUUCCGAAAAGCAAGUUGAACUUAUGAACAAUUACACUAAAAUAAUAUUCAUCAGGCAUCCUCUAGAAAGAUUGGUCUCUGCAUACAGAGACAAGUUCUACCAUUCAGAGCCGUAUUACGCCUCGAUAGCAAAUCGGAUCAAGGCUUUGUCCAGAGGGGGAAAUAAUUCAACAGGGCAAGUAACUUUCCAAGAAUUUGUAAAGUUUGUUUUGUCAGAGCAGAUCAAAUAUAUGGACAUCCACUGGAAGCCAAUGUUUAUGCUCUGUGAUCCCUGCAACAUUCACUAUAACAUUGUGGGGAAGUACGAAACCCUGGAGCAAGAUGUUAAACAUGUUCUUCGGAGAAUCCGAGCUCCAGAUCAUCUCUCCUAUCCAGAUACGAAGCGGAUUAGUACAGAUAAACGGACUAAUGUGAAUAUCACUUCAACAUACUUCAUGGAAUUGAGUUGGGACAAAUUAUGGAAGAUCAAAGAGCUUUACCGGGUAGAUUUAUCUUUGUUUAACUAUAUCUUCUACUUAACAAAUCAAACUUUACCAUAAGGGUCAAUCGUAUUUCCCUCCUUUGGCUCCCCUUACCUUCAAAGGGAUGCUGGGCAUUUGCUGGAGAAAGGGCCUUUUCUGUGUUAGCACCCCAUUUCUGGAAUUUCCUUCCUAGGAAGGUUUGCCUGGUGCUUUCUUUCUUAUCAUUUAGGCCCCACCCUGUUCACCUGAGCCUUUGAUUAACAUGAGUGUUUUUCUACUAGUGGUACUCUGCUCCUAUUAUUCUGUGUGGUUGAUUUUAUUAGCUCUAUUGUUUGAUUUUAACAUGGUUCUGGUUGGUUCUAAUUAUUCUUGUGAUUUUCAUUUGUAUGUAAAUCAUCUUGAGGACUUUUAUAGUAGAAAGACAGGAUACACAUUUUAAUAAAUUAAAAUAAACUCUGAACAA